AUGCCUUCAUCAACGGGGGUAGUCUUCACAGCCUCGCUGCUGGCUACACUAGCCGCAUCGUCACCCCUUGCCGAGCAACAGCCGGCCGGCCGCCUGGUCCCCCGCGCCAUGGCACGACCAAAGUUCAGCAACGUCCCCUACGGCCAGCAGCUGAAGUCUUGCGUACAGCCCAACAUGAUCGCUCUGACGUUUGACGACGGGCCUAGCAUUUACACGGCCCACGUGCUUGACCUGCUUGAGAAGGCCGGCAACCUCAAGGCGACCUUCUUCCUCAAUGGCAAAAACGGCGCGAACGGCAUGGAAAACUCGGCCGUGUCGUCGGUCUUGAAGCGCAUGCUGGACGCCGGCCAUCAGGUGGCAAGUCACUCAUACAGCCACAAGAACUUUGACGAGAUCUCGGCGGACGACCAGGCACAGGAGCUUCUGCUCAACGAGGAUUCUUUUGUCAAUCUCAUUGGCAUGGUCCCGACCUACUUCCGCCCUCCGUUUACUGCCUGUGGAGCCACAUGCCUUGCGACUGCUGGCAAAUUGGCCUACCAUGUUACCGAUUACGACCUCGACACCAAGGAUUAUGAGGGCAACCUCCAGGCGUCCAAGAACAGGUUCCAGGACGGCAUGUCGCAGGCGCCCAAGUCCUGGGUGGUGCUUGCGCACGACAUCCACGAGCUGACGGCCAACACCAUCACGCCCUUCAUGAUCGACACGGCCAAGUCCAAGGGCUACAAGUUCGUCACCAUCGGUGAGUGCCUGGGCGACCCCAAGGAGAAUUGGUACCGCGACCCCACCACCGGUCGCGCCGUCGCCGCCCUCGGCAGCAACAACGUCAAGCCGCCCGCGCCCACCAGCAGCUUGACCGCCUCGACGACAUUCGCCAUGACCACAGCUGGCAGUCCGUCGUCCGAGAGGCCGACGUCGACCCCAAGUGCCGUCAGGGCGGGCAACAGCAACAACAGCGCUUCUUCAGACGUCUCGAGAACGGGCACUGCGAGCAGCCCGUCGUCGACAACCGCCGCUUCUUCCCAAGAAGGCGCGGCUGGUCGGGUCGGCUUCGGCACCCUUUUCGCUUCUGUAAUGAGCGGAGCUGUGGCAUUUGCUCUCUUGAUGUGA